AUGUUUCUACAGGACUGCUAUCAACUGAAAGAUAAGUUUCCUCUCAUCUACAAAUCAUACAUGGACGGUGGAUUCGUUAUGAAUGGUAACAGGAAAGGAAAUGGAGUUCCAUUUGACAAAGCUCUGGAACAGUGUUACAACCGACUGGCAAAAGUUAGUGGCAGCAUAAUUGGGGUGACCAGAAAGAAAGACGCAGUAGCUUUGUGGGACAUCAUCAAACACAAGAAAGACCAGUAUGUUCAUCUUCUAAAGAUGCAAGAAGAUGUUGAAGGAGAGUUGUCACUUCAUCACAACUUUAACCAGAGUACCACAACAAAGAUUUCUGCAUUGGUUCAGGAAAUACAUACAUAUCUUCUUAAAGUAUGUGGUUCAAUACUAGAUCAGAACACACUUAAGAACGUGGUAACAGGGGAAAUUGUGACGGAAGUGAAUGUGAAUAUGGUAUUAUAUUGCAUUAAAGAAGGAACCGAUGCCUAUGCUAAGUUUAUCAAAGAUCGAUUAAGAAGCAAGACCAUUAUCAGAAUCAAGUUGAAGACCUCAAAUAAAACAUCACAUUUGACUUCCAAACUGGACAUCAAGGAAGAAACGACCAAGGCCCUGAUGUAUGUAGAAUAUGCAUGUCACCAUGGUUUUACAAUUCUAAAUUCAGGUUGCUGAGCUGCUCUCGUGGCAACGAUCAUGUAGUGAACAGUUCUGUUGAAAAUUUAAUUUUGAAUUUUAGGCAAACAAAGUUUGUUUCAAAGGUGAACACACCAAGUUCUUUCGAAAGAGGAAUGUUCAUACUAUUAGGCGACAUGAAAUUUAUUGCUCUGCGAUGAUUUUGAGGUGAGAUAUUGGAUUUAUGUCCUAUAAUGGCCAUGUCGUCCAGUGCCAAUACUGACAACCGUUCAAGUACAUACAGUACAUAUUAUAUGCAUCAUGUCGAUCAUAUUUACGUGUCUUUGCGUUCAGUUGGUACUGAGACGUUUGGAUUCUGGCAGUGCGUUGUUUCAGUGGUUUUGGGUUUUUUGGGACACCCUGUAUACAGUAUACUGCGAAUUAAAAGGUUUAUGUUAGGAAGAGGAGGGGCACCAUGCAAUGGACUUAACGUCCAGUUUGUGCCUUGUCCGUUUGAGAACAGCUCUUUAAUUGUAUGUUAGAUGAAUAUUUGUUAAAUUAAUUUGUACUUAAUAAAGUUUAACAAACAGAGUACGACGAAAAUGUAAAGCAAUUGCAUCAACUAGACUCAGAAACACAACAAGUGCAUUCCAUUAACAAGUGAGAUAUAUUUUUUACAUAUAUUAAUAUUUUUUACAUAUAUUGUUAAUAUUUUUUUAAUUAUUUUGUUAUUUUAAAAUAUAAUGGUUAAAUAUUCAAAAUAUAUAGGAUGUUCAGAGAUUGGGCCGCCUGUGCUCCAACCCACUCCUUGUAAUGGAAGUGUAUCAUUGUUUGUGGAAGCAUGUAAUUUGCUACUCUGCCCUCCCCACUUAGCCAAUAUAUUUUUGUAAAGUCAUGUGACCAGUCCCAACCAGGGUCUUUCCCAUAGGUAAGACCCAGGGUACGAGGUUGUAUAUGCAGAUGAUACAAAUGCUUUCUAUUCAAAUUUGUGCUUGAAAAGGUUGUAUAAUACAAUACAAAAUGAAAUGAAUAAGGUUGUGAAAUGGCUCAAUGCCAAUAAAUUAUCAAUCAAUAAAUUAUCAAAAACAAAAUUUGUAAUUUUUAAAUAAAAAAAUAAGUCUUUACUUGAAUACAGAAAAUACAAUCAAAAUAAAUAAUAUUUGGUUAAGCAAGUGCCGUUUGUAAAGUUUCUAGGAGUUAUAAUUAACGAAGAGUUGACAUGGAAGAUCCAAAUUAGCUCAGUUCUGAAAAGUAUUGUCAAAUGUACAGGUCUGGUCGCUAAACUAAGACAUACAAAUAGAAACACUUGAAAAUUCAUUUACUACGCAUUUAAUAGCUUAUCUACGGUGGCUCAGAAGGGACAUAGUCUCUCUACUAUUUUAUUGUUCCUCUUAUUUUGUACGUUGCGACUUGCUACUUAGGUUGCGCCUUGGGUUGCGACUUACGUUGCGACUUACGUUGCGACUUACAUUGCGAAUUAGGUUGCGAAUUAGGACUUCCGGUUAGUUACGUGAAAAACGCAAGCUGCUUAUCAAGAAUGUCUGCUGUCAACACUGCGAUGUCGGAGAUAGAUCAGGUAUAUAUUUUAUAAUUUAUAUUAUAAUGUUUAUGUUUUGUUUGUAAGUUAUUCAUUUAGUAUACAAUUUCAGGUAUACAAUUUUUUAAAAAACCGAAGUGUGCAAGAGGAAGUAUGCUGCAAUUUCCAAGUUGAAAAGGUAUAAAAUUAUUAAACAUUCAAUAUAUUAAAUAGAAGGCAAUUAUGACCUAUGACCUCCUUCAAAUAUUAAAAUAAGUCAAAAUACAUAAGGCUAUCUUCUACAAACUUUCCCUUCGUCUUCGAGGAUUAUAUUGGGCAAUUUAUAUAAUACGUACCUUCGCUUGCAACUAUUAAAGAAGGCUAAGUAAAGAUGAACGGUCGCAGAUUUUUAUCUAUCAUUGUCUAUUCUGAUGACAAAGUUCAAUGUUUGUGAUGAUCAUUUGAUGCAGUGUGACCAGAUAUUUUGCAAGCCAAUAUAAAUACGAAAAACAAAGUGACUAGAUGACCUAUGUAGUAAACUGCCAGCUAUAUGAUGACUAUAGUUGUAUAUAAAAACAUUUGUUUACACUAGUUUAACUGAACUUGCCGUUAGUGCAUUUGGUAGAGGCGCUGCAUACGGAAAGUGAAACCCAGCCGGGGGCGGGUCAUAUUUUUAACGUCUGACUUAGCAUCUUUUUUUCUUAAAAUUUUUUCUCUGCCUUUUUAACUCUCAAAAGGUUAGGUUAGGUGUAUAUGAGGGUUUGAGGCUAGGGAACGGUUUAUCUUAUAAAAAUUAAACUUCAAUUAUAGUCACUAUAUAGCCGGCAGUUUACUAGAUAGCCGGCUGCCGGUCAUCUAGUCACUUCGUACUAUUAAAAAAUAAACAUGCAAACAAUUACUAAAUAAGCAUGCAAACAAAUACCAAAAUGUAGCAAAAAUUAAUAAAUUUAUUCUGCUGUUAACCAAAGUGGUUAAACUGCUUUCCAUCACCGAAACUAUGUUUUUCUUUCUCACCUGUACUUUUUUUUGCAAUUGCGCCAAAUGCAAAUAUGGCAUCGCGUCCCAAAUCUGUAAUCUGCAAAGGUCAGUGGUGAUCAACCCCGGUCCUGAGCCUGGGAGGGUCCCAAGCCUGCAAUCAACACAGGUCAGUGGUGAUCACUGAGCACGAUUUGGUAUAUACUUCGUGUGACCUCUAUUAUUAUGUAUCAGGGCAGAUACCCGACACCCAACCCAACCUCUAACCCCGACUGGUGGUCAAAUGAAGUAUCUACGCACGAUUCAGCUAAUGGCCUAGCAGCUUGCAAUUGGGAUGUACAGCUCUAAAAGCAUGGACCUGCAAUUUUGGUCCGGGCCCCCAAAAAGCUCUGGCCAUCCCUGCCUCUAGUCUCUCCAGAUUUAGUAUAAUGGUCUUUAGUCUCCCAUUAUUUAGUAUAAUUUGUAUUCCUGGGUUAGUAUAAUGGCUUUUAUUUUAACAAUAAAGAAUUAAAUAUAUCUAUAGUUCUAAUAUGUAAAUACUAAAUUUAAAUAACCCCUAUGGUUCUUCUUAUUUUUUUAUUAGAUGGACAUUGCAGCUAUAUCGUUGGCCAAAGAUGAAGAAUUACAAGACUUAGGCUUAACACGGAAGGGAGACAUAUUAGCUUUAAGAGCCUUCUGCAAACAAGACAAUGAAGCAACUAAGGAAGAGAGAACAGAAAAAAAAAAGAAAACUCCUUCAGACCUUGAAGUCAAAGCUGCCAAGGAAUAA